UCUUCCAAAAUAUGACCAUCCAGGAGGUCAUGGAGGCAAAGAGGUCAUCAACGGAGAACGCCUUUCUCAUAAAUAUAAAGACCCACAAGACGAAUGAGUUGUACGGCCCAGCGCAAAUUAUUUUGAAGGAGGAGGAGUGGGCGUUACGGUUCCUGCAUCUGAAGGACCAACUUCCGGGUGGCCUAGGAGCUAAAUUCCUUUUCUUUGUGUCAACGCCCAACCCUUGCAAGAACUUGAACAAUUACUUUCAAGAGGCAUGGAAGGCAAUGGGCCUGCCAGGAUGUCCGACCUUCACAGACGUGAGAACGUCCAUCUCCAGUCAUGCCAAGUUCACGCAUGCUCCUGAGAACCGCCUGAAGCUUUGCAAAUUUAUGUGCCACGAUGUACGCACGGCGGACAAGUUUUACGUCACCAACCUCACUGCCAAGCAGGCAGUUGAACACAGAAGGCUGUUUGAGGCAGCACUGGAGGGUCCGGAGAGGUCGCCGGCAUCGAAAGACAUACCAAAACGCAGAUGCCAGGUCGCCUCAAAGGAUCACCCUCGAAAAAAGCGUAAACUGUUGGAGCCCGAACUCAGCUCUGGCAGCACCACUCCCGAGGAUGACCAAGUGACUUACCAGGAGUCGGGUGUGUCUAGUGUAGAGGACAGCCAGGGUGAAUCUGAGCCAACCAAACCCAGCCAAGACGUCGAGGUCGAGAGAAGAGGCGAGGAAGAUGAGGCGUCGGAACACGGACAGUUGAAAAGGCAAAGGAGACCGAUCGUCCUAUUGACGCCCCUGAAGUCGGCUUUAAGAAAAAAACAUUUCAUUCUCUCAGCUGUCCCCGCUGAAAGUGAAAAAGACUGUCGUAUCAACGUCUCUGACACUUGUUGGAAUGGGGCGACAAAGACUUCAAAGAAAAUGCGCAAAGGACUUAAUGGAUAAAUGGAGGAAGAGAAACAAG